AUGCCUCCAGCACCACAACCACAGUCUCAACCCCAACCACAACAUCCAGUUUCUCCUACAGUCACCAGAAAACCCAGAUCAUCAACACCUAAACCAUCAAAGUCUACAAAAUCUGAUGCCCCCUCUACUAAGAAGACCAGAACCUCUGUUGCUACACAAGUUCUGAAGACAAAGUCUGAUAAACCAGUAAACUCUGAUGCUGUAAACUCUGAUGUUGUACACUCUGAUCCUGUAAACUCUGAAGUUGCUUCUCCUCAAAAGCAGAAAAGAAGGAGACUGGUUGCAGCCUAUGAUUAUGAUGAUCUUGACCCUGCACAUGAAAUAAACUCUGAACCUUCUCCUGCAACAAACUCUGAAAAUAUACAGACCAGUCCUCAAACAAAGCCAGCAAGAUUCAAAAGAAGGGCUAACAAGGCUAAGAGGACAAGGGUGCCCAUAACUGAGAUCACAGAUUUUACUGUUGAAGAAGAGCAAGCACCACCCACUACAACUCCUGAUGAUCUAUCUCAAGCUCUGAUGGUGCUUCCUCUUCAGGCUGUUCCAAUCUCUGCUGCCACAGCAUCCUCUACUUCAUCUGAAGUAGAUGAGGAAAUUAUAUGCAAGGAGAAAGCUACAGAUGAAGCUGAGACACCAGUGUCUGAUUGUAACAAUCCAAUAUCUGAUCAUGGACCCUCCACACCAAUUCCUCAUUCUCCAAUGAAAAUUCCUGAGGGUGCCAUUGUUCAUGAUACAGCUCCAGAAAACUACAAGUCUGAUGUAGUUGAUGAAUCUGACAAGGUGGCAUUGGAAGCCCUGCAGUCUCUUGCUAAGGCUGGUGAAGAGCCUAGCAAAUCACAGUCUGAAGCUCAAGACAAAUCUGCUAAAGAUCCUAUUGAGAAAGUUGAUAAUCCUGCAUCUGAUAAUGAUGAGGAUGAUGAAAGUUCAGAUGAUGACAAUGAUGACAAUGAUGAUGAAGUUCCUCUGUCACAUCUACAACAAAAAUGGGAAUCUACCAGCCAGUAUAAUGCUAGGCUGCAAAUUCUUGACACAACCUCUGAGCCACUUCCCAGGGAUCUUCAGGUUGAUCCACCAAAUGAGGACCUAACAAAACACAAGAAUCAACUUGGGUCACCUGAUCAUGGGAGCUUUUCAGGAUUCUCUCAGGAAGAACAGUCAUGUACUCCUAUACCCUCGAUUCUUCCAGAUUGUGUUGAAUCAUCUGCUGACCCCUGCCCUGCUGAACAUGCUGUCUAUCCAAAUAUAGACAAUGUCAUCUCUUGUUUUAUGACAACUAGGGUGAUCUCAAUGCUGGAGAAUCAUCAGAACUACUCCAACAAUGAACAGGUGGUGCUUCCUGAGGCAAUGCAAGAAUUUCUCAACAACCAGAACUUGCCUCCACCCCAUGUUCAACAUGUUGCUGUUCCAGUAGUUGCUGAAGAGGUUUCAGUGCAGCAAGAUGAGCCAGAAACUGAGCCAAUUAUUCAAGACAAUAUUCCUGAGGCUCAGACUACUCAAGUAGAGGAAGAUAUUGUGAUAAUGGAGGAUGCAGCUGAAGACUCUUCUGAACGUGAAGUUCAAUCUGAAGAAGGAGAGGAUUCUCUGCAGGACAACACCACUGACUCUGAAGAUGAAGUGGACAGUCCUGUCCAAACCACUGAAGCUGCAACAAAUGACAAUGUCAUGCUGGAUAUUGAUGAGCUCUUCACCAACACCUACAAUCCGGUGCUUCAGUCAGGUAUCCCUUCUGAUUCUGACAACUUGUCCUUUAGUGCACCUGAUGAUUGGGUUCAGAACUUACUAGACCUCAAUCCACUAUCUCCACCUCUUGCACAUGCCAAUGAAUUUGAAAUCCCACAAAUUCAUAACCAAGGCACCAAUACACAAAUUUCUGAAGCAGAAACUUCUCAGCCCCUUAGCCAUCCAAUUAAAAUUUCUGAGCGCGAGGGAGAAAGUGCCCUUAGUGCACCACAUAAGGAGGUUGUUUCUGAAUCUGCAGCUCUGUCUCCUAGUCAAGAAAGGAGAAUGGAACCUUAG